AUGGCCCUCGUGAAGCUACUCGUGACCAUCGCAAUAACAACCGCAAUUACAAUUGCAGUCAUCACAACCAGAACCAGCACGAACGUGGAGCACACGAGCUUUGUUGAACCGGAGGCGCCGACUAUAAGGUCGAGUCAGUUCUUGGCUCAGAAGGAAGUACUAGGCGAGCGUAACCCUAACUCGGCAGACCAUUGCAACAAGAACCCUGAGAUAUGUAGGCUCUACGGUGGAGGAGGAGGAAGCAACACGACGGUGACAUGCUGCAACAACAAAUGCAUAGACGUGGGCAGUGACGACAAGAACUGUGGCGCGUGUAAGAACAAAUGCAAGUUCUCACAGACGUGUUGUCGCGGCCAAUGCGUUUACCUGGCUUACGAUAAACGUCACUGUGGACAAUGUAACCAUCCGUGCGAGGUCGGCGAAUUCUGCGUCUACGGUCUCUGUAACUACGCGUGA